UGGCAAUGGAAAGAAUUCCUUCCAAAAGUUCCUAGUUGAGAAUCCCGCGAGGAUUGGGGGGUGACAGUGCGCAGCACAGUCCGUGCACAGUUUAUCGGACCCGCCAUUACGUUUCUCCGUCUUCCCCAUUGCGGGUGACAUUGGAAGCUCCAGCCAGCUCUCAGCCUACUGGGCAGGCUGCAGUUCUGACGAAGCUCCCCGGCUCAUAACAUCAACCUCCAUCAUCGAACGCAACGCCACAUCCACAACCCAACUUCUCGCCCUCAGGAACGUAACGCGGCCACAACCCCUCGACGAAACUACACAGAUUGGCAACCGACCCUCUUGUUACAUUCGUAAACCAUGGCUUCCGGAUACGACAGAGCUCUGUCGGUGUUCAGUCCCGAUGGCCACGUUUUCCAAGUCGAGUAUGCUGGCGAGGCUGUCAAGAGAGGAACCUGCGCAGUCGGUGUAAAGGGUGCCGAUGUUGUGGUGCUGGGAUGCGAGAAGCGAUCCGCCAUGAAGCUGCAAGACACACGAAUUACUCCCUCAAAGAUCCAACUCCUCGACAACCACGUCGCCCUUGCCUUCGCUGGUCUCAACGCUGAUGCAAGAAUCCUCGUUGACAAGGCGCGAUUAGAGGCACAAUCUCACCGCUUGUCUGUCGAAGACCCCGUUACGAUCGACUACAUCACCAAGUAUGUUGCUGGAGUGCAGCAGCGCUACACCCAGGCUGGUGGUGUGCGACCAUUCGGAAUCAGCACCCUGAUUGUUGGUUUCGACAACGGCGGCAAGGUCCCCAGACUCUACCAGACUGAGCCGUCUGGUAUCUACUCCGCCUGGAAGGCAAAUGCUAUCGGUCGUUCGAGCAAGACCGUUCGAGAGUUCCUCGAGCGCAACUACAAGGAGGACAUGGACCGGGAGGCCACUAUCCGACUGGCCAUCAAGUCGCUCCUAGAGGUUGUUCAGACCGGUGCGAAGAACAUCGAGAUUGCCUUGAUGGCACCUGGAGCUUCCAUCGAGACCCUGCCAACUGAGGAGAUCGAAGGUUACGUCAAGGAGAUUGAGCAGGAGAAGCAGGAGGAGGCGGCCAAGAAGAAGACAGGUCGAACUCCGGGUACUGGAACCGCUGCUAUCCUGACGAGGUCUCAGGAUGAUUCUGCGGCGGAGUAAGGGUAGCCAUGAUUGACGUUCAUAGACAGGGGUAUGGUUUACGAAACUAGAGCCCGGCGCCAUUGUAUCAACACUUAUAAUGACGGGAC